AUGGCGUCCGCUCGCGCGCAGAGCUCGACGCCCGUGCCGACCACCGAAAAGGCCGACCCGGGCGUCGACGGCGCGGCGUCGACGGUCACGGCGGCCGAGCACAAGGCCAUGGGCGACGUGCUCGCCCGCAUCUACGACUACAGAAACGCCGACGGCUACGACCCGACCAAGCUGUUCCAGCGCAAGGUCAACAAGCGCGCCGUCCCCGACUACUACGACAUCAUCAAGGAGCCCAUGGCGCUCAGCACCGUCAAGGGCCGCGUCGCGGCCCGCGACUACAAGAGCUUCUCCGAGUUUGUGCGCGACCUCGCCCUGAUCCCCCACAACGCCCAGGUCUACAACCGCCAGGACUCGCAGGCGUACGUCGACGCCCUGGACCUGAAGAAGCUCAUCGUCGCCGAGCUGCAGGGCCUGGUCGCUGUCGGCACCGUCGCCGCGGCCGCGGCCGAGCUGCCGUACCUCGGCGAGAUCCCCGAGCAGGACCCGCUGCUGCCCGACGACGACGACGAGGACGACGACGAGGACGAAGACGAGGAGCUCGAGCUCGAGCUCGAGCUCGACGACGACGACGACGACGACGACGACGGCGACGGCAAGCGCAAGCGGCGGCGCGCCGGCCCGCGGUCGACGGCAGCCAUUGCCAAGCGCGAGGGCGGCGCCCGCGCGAGGGAGGAGCGCGAGAAGAACGACGACCCCGAGUCGCGCAAGAAGCGCGGGCGCCCGCCGCGCGUCGACACGCCCAUGGAGGCCCGCAUCAAGGCCAUCAUGAAGGCCAUCCGCAAGCCGCGCAACCAGGCCAACAAGCUAAUGGUCAGCGCGUUUGAGCGCGUCCCCGACAAGGCCGUCAUGCCCGAGUACCACGCCGAGAUCCGCACGCCCAUGGCCAUGGACAUUCUCAAGCGCAAGCUCAAGCGCAAAAAGUACACGUCGGUCGACCACUUCAUGGUCGACGUCGAGCUCAUGUUUGAAAACGCCAAGCAGUACAACGAGGAGGACAGCCAGAUCUACAAGGACGCCGUCCAUCUGCACAAGGAGUCGCGCAAGGUCGCCAAGGCCGAAAAGGAGAAGCCCGACACGGACUUUGUCAUGGAGGAAGGCCGCAUCCCCAUGCCCAACGGCAUCCUGCACAACGGCGAGCUGUGGAAGGUCGGAGACUGGGUCCACGUCCAGAACGCCAACGACGUGACCAAGCCGAUUGUCGCCCAGAUCUACCGCACCUGGCAGGACUCGGAGGGCGGCAAGUGGGUCAACGCCUGCUGGUACUACCGCCCCGAGCAGACGGUCCACCGCUUCGACCGCCACUUCUUCGAGAACGAGGUGGUCAAGACGGGCCAGUACCGCGAUCACCGCAUCGACGAGGUCGUCGACCGCUGCUUUGUCAUGUUCAUCACGCGAUACAACAAGGGCCGCCCGCGCGACUUCCCCGCCGACAAGGAAAUCUACGUCUGCGAGGCACGCUACAACGAGGAGAACCACAAGCUGAACAAGAUCAAGACGUGGGCGAGCUGUCUGCCGGACGAAGUGCGCGACAAGGACUACGUCAUGGACCUGUUCGACUCGCAGAAGAAGCUGAAAAAGGUGCCCAGCCCCAUUGCCUACCUGCUCAAGGACGACCAGAAGGAGACGGACCAGCUGCCCAAGCCCGAGUGGGGCGCGGAGAAUGCGCCCCCCAAGAUUGGCGCAGUGCACUGCCGGCCACGAGAUCCCAAGGACUCGCCGCCGCCGGAGCCAACACCGCCUCCUCCGCCGACUCCGCCGCCCGCGCCUGCGCUGCCCACACCGGCCCUGCCGCGACAGGACCCGAGCAGCUACGGCGCCGGCGCAUCCUCCAACUACCCCGGCGCCUCCUAUCCCAUUGCUCAGGCGCCAGCGCCGACGCCCAUGCCCGCGCCGACGCCACACCACCACAACAUCCCCUCUGCCUACACGCCCACGCAUCCCGGACACUACCACCACUCGCAGUCGCCCGCGCCUCACGUCCACCAGCAGGCGCCUCAAGCACCAGCAUACCAGCCCAUCACACCCCACGUUCCCUUUUCGCCACAGCCCGCGGCGCCAAUGCAGCAGUAUCAGACGCCGCGUGCAGCACCCGCCCACCAGCAGCCACACGUCCAGCCGCCGCCCGGCUACAAAGCGCCCCCGCCAGUCGAAGUCUACACCCUAAGCGACCACGCAAACGCGAGCAUACCCCACGACAUCCGCGAGCAGUUCCAGACGGACGAAAAGGGCCGCGUUCUGUUCUUCACCGCGCCGCCCCUCAACAUCUCGCAGCCCCUGACCCGCGACGGGAGGCCACUCGGCCACUCGGCCGCCUACCUGGCUGCGCGCGCGCGUCGCGAGAAGGCCAGGGCGGCGAAGAGGAACGCCGACGUCGCGGGCGCGGAGGCCCGAGAGGAAGCGGCCAAGAAGGCGCGUCGCGACGACGACGGGAGGCUGGACAGGGCCGUCGCCAAUCUGCACGCCAAGGCUGUCCACGCGCUCGAGCAGCAGCUGGCGAGCGCGACGCGGGCUGAGCUGCAGACGCUGUUCGACGGUCGCACCAGGGCGGGUGUGGACAGCGUCGUCGACGAGCUGGUGCGUGUGCAGGCCCGCGCGGCGCGGAAGAAUGCAGACCGCGAUUCGAACGCGGCGGCGAGAGAGGCGCGGAAGAGAAUGCGCGUCACGGGUAUGACGGCCAGACUGGAGGAGAGGAUCUGA